AUGCUAGGUUUCUUCCGUCUAAUGAUCAUGACUGAAUCUUCUGACAUUACAGGUGGGGUCCGCUGCCUUUACAUCUUAAACAUCAUCUUUGCCAUCAUCUUUGGUCUUCUCGCUCUAUUGCUCGGUUCAACCCUCUUGACGUUAGGGAGUAGCUGCUCUGUGCCCUUGUUCUGGUGCUACGAGAUCGCUGCGUGGGGGCUCGUCAUUCUGUAUGGGGGAACUGCAUUCUUCCUGAGAAGGAAAGCGGCAGUAAUCAUCGAUGAGGGCGAUCAAGGUAGCAGAAAUCUCGGCCUGGAAAUGCUGGAAGCAAACACUUUGGCCGUGGCGGUUACACCAGAUGUUGAAAGACGAGUCACAUUUAAGUCCUGGAUGGGUUCAUCUCUGCUAUCUUCUGACGACGAGGACGAACUAGACACUUUUGUAGAAGCACCCUACCGGACAAAUGCAUCUGCAAACAGGCAGAGGGUAUAG